GUUAUAUGUACCUUGGUGAAUAUUUGGAGGUAUUUUCGGAUGUUGUGACGAAAUGAUGCCAUUGUUUUGAUGUAAUCAAUAGUGGUGUCGUGUAAUACGGCAUCUUGUUACUGCUGAAAUCAAUAGGAGUUAGUGGAGGACUGUCGUCUGCCAGUACAGAGGACGAAGCUACUGAGGUCGUUGAUUUGUAGAGUACUUGAAAAUGACGAUCAUAUGAUCAGUGUUACAGAAGGAACAACACGUUUAUGACCCCCGGGUAACCGACCAAGACGUUUUCACAGGGGUCCGAUCUCUACCGCUACCACAGUGACGGAAUAUUUUUGUGUGUGUGUGUGAUGAAACACACAGUUCGUAGUUAACCUCGUUGGAAUGGUCUUGUGUUAAAUCCAAUUAAUUAUGCGGAUUACUAGUCAUUAAAUCCUAGUCUGGAUAUGUUGACUGGAAUUUUAUUAAUCUCAUGGUUGUGUAGUUUACCAGUUAUAAGUGGGGAUAUAUGGAUGGACACCACGCCAAUCAAACAGAGAGUGAAGGCAGGGGAGACUACAGUAUUAGGAUGCACCGUGGAGAAUCUCGAAGGGGGCAAGGUGAUGUGGUUUGGUCCAGGAAAUGACCUGCUGUUUAACGGCGACUCAGCGGUCACUCCUGACCGACGGUUUAGCUUGACCCACCCUUACCCCAGCUCCUGGAAUCUAGUCAUCAAACACGUCAAAAUCGGGGACGGCGGAGAGUAUCGAUGUGAAAUCCUGUAUCCAACCACCUACACGAAACGAAUCACUUUAGAUGUUCAAGUUUCUCCUCGGAUUUUUCCAUCCAAGUCCAGUGGGGACCAACAAGUCAAGGAAGGGAGUAACCUUACCAUCACAUGUGUUGCAACAGGAUUCCCACUGCCUGUUAUCAUGUGGCAUCUCGUGAAAGGCGAUGUAAAAACACAGUUGGGCACUGGAUCACUGCUGACCAUAUCCAAUGUUAGCCGAUAUGAUACAGGCAUUUACAGGUGUACUGCAUUUAAUGGAGUAACUCCGAGUGCAACUCGAGACAUCAAAGUGGAUGUAGAAUAUGCCCCGACAAUAACUGUGAACACCCAAGAGUUAUCUCAGGAGAGGGGUAAGAGGGCAGUGUUGGAGUGUUCUGUAGAGGGCUUCCCCCAAGGUACCUAUUACUGGAUCAAAGAUGGCCGAGUUCUGGAAAGGAAUUGGAAUUACGAGCCUCAGAAUAUCCAGCAGAACUCUACCAGCCUCGUGAUGAACCUCCUCAUUAAACAGGCCGAGUCACCGUCAGGGUUCGGGGUGUACUACUGUGUGGCAGAAAACGAACUAGGAAACGCGACCGGUAACGUCACCUUACAUGAGAUUACUACAACCACAACCACUACCACGAUUGCUCCAACAACCACGUCUACCCCUGCUCCAACAACCACUUCCACAUCUACUGAAUCCACCGUGCAAUCCACCAAGCCUUUCAUCUCAUCCACCCAAUCCACAUCCUCUCAGAGGCCAGAUAUCUCCACCAUGCACUCAAAAAAUCCAACAACUCCAAAGCUAUCCACUGUCACACCACAAGUGACAUCUUCUUAUAAUAAACCAGUGGUGACUUCGGGACCUGGUUAUGAAAUCAAUUCUGGAGAUCAAGCAAACAGCAGUGCACAAGUUACUUCCCCUUGCAGAGCAAUAUUCAUUUUAGUUGUUACCAUAUUGUUCUUGUUUUAAUGUAAUAGAGAG